CACCGCCUAGAAUCCUUGGGGGCGUCUCCGCGUCCCCAGCGACUGAACCCGGACUUCUCUUUUCUCCGCAUAGUUCGACGAAAACACCACCCAUGGCGUAGGAGUGUCGACGGAGCCUCUCUCAACGGGGUUGUCACGAUCACCCAGCUGCGCGGAUAUGAUUUGUGAUCGCGCUCAAAGCCAACGACAUGGAGAGCGGCAAUAAGCUCCUCGUGCACCGAUCCACUGUCAGCGAGCCUCGUAUGCUACUCGUCGAAGAGGGGCAGGAUUACUUUCUCGAAGAUGGCGAUCACCUUCCAUAUACACUCCUCGAGAAUAUUGGACAUGGGCACAGCGCAACCGUGGAAAAGGUUCAAGACAUGAGGACGGGUUCUGUUUAUGCUCGGAAGGUUUUCAGGAUAUACAAUACCCGGGACAGAAGGAGAGAAAUUUUCGAGAACGAGAUCAAGAUCAUUCGACGCCUUGCUCGUCACCACCACAUCAUCCGCGUUUUUGCUACCUAUGUAGCCAAAGGGGAAGUCGGGUUGUUACUCAGCCCAGUAGCAGACCGAGGUGAUCUGGAGGCCUUCCUGCAAGACUACAAUGAAAAGAGCCCGCCCAUAGCCCAGGAGCGUCGCAUCCUAGAGUCGUCUUUCGGGUGUCUUGCAAGUGGCUUGACCUUCAUGCACUCCCAGAGGAUCAGACAUAAAGAUAUCAAGCCGCGAAAUAUCCUUAUCCACCAGGGGUCCGUCAUCUACACCGAUUUUGGAUACUCCCUUGAUCAUAGCGCAGCUAGUGGAAGUACUACGACAGGUAAAGCCUAAAGACAUACUAGAGUGUCCUCUUCGCUCCCCCCUCCCUUUUAUCUGAGCCAUCCGCUGAGUGUAGCGCCACCUUUGUAGGUCGACCAGAUUCAUUGACUCGCAGAUAUUGCGCACCUGAAGUCAAAGACCAUGACCCCCGGAAUUCAAAGUCUGAUAUUUUCUCUC